CAUUCAUCUUAAUACGAAAAUUCAUAACUUUCCAGCUUGAAUACAAAUCUUUCUCUCUCUGCAAAACAAUGGCAAAAUCUCUCAUCAAUUCUUGUAUCCCUAUCCUCCGUAGACGCCAAGCAAUAGUCACGCUAGUUUUCUUCGAGCAAGGAUCAACCAAAACCCUAUGUGACUCCAAGAAACAUGUAGCCGGAGAGAUCAUGUUUGAGUUUCCAGAUCAAAUCGUGUGCCAUGCAGAUUCAUUCUUCAUCGGCCGUCCAGUUCCAGCUCUAGCCAUGGACGACUAUCUACUCCCAGGUCAAACCUACUUCGUCUUACCGAUCGAACGUUUCGCCUAUAGAAUCUUAACCACUUCGUGUCUCUCCAUCUUCAACUCUAAUCUCGAUGAAAACGUUCGUUCUACUAAUACACCAACGUUGAACUUCACCGCCCCGUCGAGUCCACCACCGUUCGAGUAUUCUAAGGGAAUAAACGGGAAGAUUUUGAUUAAAGUUUCUCCGGUUUUUAUCAUGAGUCUUAUAUGCAAAAACAGAAACAUGUGCAGCAAAGGAGAGGCAAUAAUGGAGUGUGGUGAAAGCAGUGAGAUUUGUAAUUCUCCCGAGCUAAAGAAGCAGUAUGAUCAGCUUGUGGGAACGAGAGAACAUAUAUGGUCACCGAAGUUGCAGACGAUCUCCGAGCAUGAGACUAGGGUUUCUCCAUUAAGGUUCUUGGGGAUUAUUCGAAGGCAACAAGAAGUGAUUUGAUUAAGCUAUGAAAAGUAUUCAUAGUUCUUCGUUCGUAGUUGUUCUUUAAAACAAAACAAAAAAAAUUGAAAGAUAAGAAAUAAAGAAAAAAAUUUAGAGUGGUUAGUUAAACGUGUGGUUGGUAUUGUUUGGUUACAAGUUAGUCCAAGUUGACAAAUUGCAUGUUUUGUAUUAUUUCCACAAAAGUAACAUUAAUCUUGGAGGUACAUAUGAAAAAGUUUAUAUAUAUGGUUCAUCCUUGACAA